AUGUCUUCGUCAAAGUCGGAGCGACUGGCCAAGCGGAUAGCCGACCACGGUCGCCAUCUCUUUGUAUACCACCAAAUAUGGACCAACCAGGUCAUUUACUCAUUGGAGCGCUCCAUGAACAAUAACCAAGUCCUCAAGCAACUUACCUUUGCUGGAAAGAAGACUCUCCCAUCAGCUCUGCGCAAGGAUAUGUGGCGCCCACUGCUUACAGCUACCUUCCCCUCGCCAUCCCAAGGUCUGGCCGCCUUCCGUAAACUGCGCGAGCUCCGUAUGCUGCACGAACACAACUGGGAACACCCGGACCCGGAAGCCCGCAAGAUGCCCGAAAAGAAGCAACGUGGACACCUCAUUAUGGAUCAAAAGGCCAAUUCCAUUGCUGAUCUGGCCUGGGUUUUGCGCCACCAAGACCAGCUGGGCUUGAAGAAGCAACAGCAACAUCAGGAUGAUCAGAAUCGCAUUCGCGAGGAGCUGUUGGCUUUGGCAAAAGAGGCCGAGGAGGGUGGUGUACCCUUGCUCGAGCAGUCGCUCAAGGACCAGGAGGCCGCCGUGGAGAAGAUGAAGAAGGAGCAGCAGCAAGGAGGUGAAGAUGCCCCGUCGCGCAAGCAGAUCGGUGAGGGCUUGUUGGCCCUCAAGGCAAUGCGCCUCAGAUACCAGAAGAUGCUUGCCGCCCACGAAGCCAUCAACCUUGCAAAGACCAGCGCUCUCAAACAAUCCGAAGCCCAAGAAGCUCGUGGUACCGCCUCGCCCGAUUCAGUUGAUCUGACCAUUGAGCCCCCGGAGAUCUUCUACCACCCGCCUAUUGGCAAACCCCAGCACAAGAAGCGCAGCUCUGGACAACAGGUACCGUUAUACACAGCCGACGGUGUCACCAUCCGAUGGACCAACCCUUUGGACGCCGAGUUCGCUGCAGAGUGGCCCGCUGCCGUCAAGCACGACUUUGCCGGUCUCACUCGUCACACCGCCGCCCCCGUCGACGAGGAGCCCGUUUUCUACGCCCAAGACUUGACCAUGCGCAACACCAGCUACAAGUACCAGGCACUGCGCGACGCCCGUGCUGCCCGCUCCGAGGCAACCGAGGAGCAAUACGAAGAGGAGAUUGAUGAUGCCGAGUACGAGCGUUUGACUGGCAAGUCUGCUGCCGAGCUUCGCGCGUAA